AUGGCCGCAACAUCCGAAUCCCUGCAAACUAAAGUCCCUCGCUUAUACGAAAAUGAUUUUAGGCCAAAGACACCAAAGAUGGUAACACUGUGGAGGCGGAACAUCAUUGCCAUAAAGGGUAAAGCCCCUAAACCAUCCACAUUCACACUACCUUUAACAAUCCAAUCCUCAUCACCCAACAUUUACAAGUGCCCCCCACACAUCAAAUCCCACACAGGAACACCCAAAUGCCAAAUUCCCAAAAAUGCCCCCUAUCUCACACUGCCAAAAAAUAUCCCAUCACUGACUAUCCUCAUCACAGUGCCAACUAUCCUCAUCACUGAUAUCCUAUCACAGUGCCCAAAUAUUUCCCCAUCACGUGCAACUAUCCCCAUCACAGUGCCAAAAUUCCCCAUCACAAUGCCAACAUCCUAUCACGUGCAACUAUCCCCAUCCGUUGCCAACUAUUCUCAUCACAGUGCCAAUAUCCCCCAUCACGUGCCACCUAUCCCCCAUACGGCAAAAUAUCCCCAUCACAGUGCCAAAAUCCUCAUCACAGUGCCCCCUACCUAUCACGUGCAACUACCCAUCACAGUGCCAAUAUCCUCAUCCAUGCCACCUUUCCUCAUCACAGUGCCACUAUCCCCAUCACAGUCCAAUAUCCCAUCAAGCCACCCCAUCCCCUCACAUGCCACCUACCUCAUCACAGUCCAACUAUCCCAUCACGUGCCACCCAUCCUCAUCACGUGCAACUAUCCUAUCACAGUGCCAAAUAUCCCCAUACAAAUGCCCCCUAUCCUAUCACAGUGCCACCCCAUCCUCAUCCGUGCCACCCAUCCCCAUCACAGGCCACCUUAUCCUCAUCACGUGCCCCCUAUCCCCAUCCCACAGUGCCCCCCUAUCCUCACACAGUGCCCCUAUCCUCACACAGGCCACCUAACCCCAUCACGUGCAACUUCCCCAUCACGUGCAAACUAUCCUAUCACAGUGCCAACUUCCUCAUCACCGUGCCCAAUAUCCCACCAGUGA